UGAACAGAGAACUGUUUGGUUCAGAGAAGACGAGCAGAGAAGAUAGGCGGAGGUACCCUGUUUCUGUACACGUACGCAGUGUGCAAGUUUUUAAAUACACAUUGUGUCAUUUUUUUAAUUUCUCGAGUGGGGAUAAAGUAUCCAAAAUGGACCCAUUUACUGAGAAACUGUUGGAGCGGACCCGGGCCCGCAGAGAAAAUCUACAGAAGAAAAUGGCAGAGAGACCGAAUGCAGCCAACAGGCAGAUGUCCAAAAGGCCCAGAGAACCUCUGACUGACACCAACAGUGCGAUCACAGAGUCUGUCAUCGAUAAGGUCCCACAGGUGUCCACCAAACCGUGCCCUUCGAAGCGUAGGUGCUCAGAGGAAAACAGCCAGCCUACAGCAGAUGAGGAGAACCAGGAGCCACUGAUCACAUGUCCUAUGGCUUCUGUGCUCUCCAACCCGCCCACGGACAAGAAACCCCCAGUAGGCCCGUCUACCAUUCGACCUUCUUCAUCCUUGGAGAAGAUUUCAACACGGCCCAUUGUCCAGCCAAAAACGACACAACCAGAACCAGAGAAGAUGGCCAUCAGCCCUGGUCCUGAUCCUCCCAGCAGCAGAGAUGCACAGAUAGCGCCCACUUGGUCUGCCUUGCAAGGGAACAAAGAGGACCUGGUGGUGGAUCCUUCUCCUUCUGCUGCUGGCAUGAAGUCUCGGCUGCUGAGGCUGGCAGAGCAGAGGAAGUAUUGGGAUGGAGAUGGAGCUUCUGAUGCAGCACCAGACUGCCCCCCUCUGUCCGUGAUGAGGCAAGCUGAUGUCCAGCCACCUGCCGCACCAUCCACCUCCUCAGAAACUCCGCUUGGGCGGAAAGGUCGCCUGGCAAACCUGGCUGCCACCAUUGGAUCCUGGGAAGACGACCUGAGCCAUGCCAACAUUCCCAAAGAGAAGCCUAAUGAGAAACCCUCUGUUCCCAGAUUUCCUCCCAAAGGAGCUGCCGUGGCGACCAGCGCUAAGCCGAGCGCUGCCGUCACCAGUUCAUUAGCAAACAGCAAAGCCACAACAAACGCUAACCAGGAGCAUGUGCAUUCUCCAGUAAAGUCCAGUCGAGUCAUUUUCCCCAGCCCGCAGAAGACUGAUGUUGCUGCAUCUAAGCCCACACUUCAGUCAGCACACUGUCCUCAGCAGCCCUCCAACCGGGGAGCAGCUUUCCAAUCCAGUCCUCAGAAGCCAGGUUUCUCCUCUUCAUCAUUAGUCCCUCCAAGCCCUCUGAAGAAUCAGGCCCUCUCCAAGGGUGUCAACCAUCUCUCCAGCCCCCAAAAACCAGAGCUUCGUGACAAGCCCACCAUUUCUAGCUCUUUGGCCCAUCAGGAAAAGUCUGCUGCUGGAACUCCUGGUGUAAAAUCUUUCCUGGAGCGCUUUGGAGAGAGAUGUCAAGAGCGCAACAACCACAACACUCCAGCCAGAGUUCCCACACAGACCAGCACGCCUACUGGACCGCCAUCCGUCACACCGAACACCAGACGGGUGCAGGAGAGACUUCAGGCUGCUCGCUCUGCCAACACGACCACCGCUGAGCUCGCCCAGAGGCAGAAGCUGGAGCGCGAGGCUGAACUGGCUAAGAUCCGCACUCGCUUCCAGAAGGGCAACAAUGUGUGGAAAAACAAGGAUGAAGAGGCUGAAACCAACACGGACAGCAAGGAACAGCAUGACAAGCCUGUGGAGAGGGAAGCUGCCUCUCAUGAGUUACAUGAUGAGCCCACAGCACCGUCUGAUGAGAAGGCUAACACCCCCACCAAGUGGACUCCUCCAGUAGUUACUGGGAUAAUGGCCUCACCUCCAGCCUCAACAUCCAGCCCUCUGAAGAUGGCUGGCCGUACUGUAGAGAAACUGACUGAUGAAACUCCAGAAGAAGAAGAAAAGGAGGUGGUCAAGGAGAUAGAGGUGAAUGUGGACCAGUCCAUCAACUCUGCAGUUAUCAACGAGCUGUUUGAUGGAGUCUUGGAACAGGAGGAUGAGGAUGAGGAGGAAGAUGCUUUGAAUAUCUCCUCCAUGUCCCUUCUCACCCCUCUGGCUGAGACGGUGGCUGCUGUGGUGAAGAGUCCAGAGAGGAGGCUGAUGACUUCAACUCCAGCCAGCUCCUUCCUUGUGAAAGAUAAUCCUUCGGAAAAUGUUUCCAAACCAAACAAGUUCCAGAGAACGAACAUGAUUCGGACCGGCUCCUCAGACAGUGUCGACACUUUGGAUGAGGACCACAAACUGCCUUAUAGCAUCGAUGCGUACAGGUCAACCAGGGUGAAGGAGACUGAGAGACCCAACGUGAAGCAGGUGAUCGUGAGAAAAGAGGACGUUUCUCAGAGGGCUGACGAACUCCGAGGAUCUAAUCUGUUCAGCAUCAAACAGAAGAUGAAGAUUCUGAGCAAUGAGGUGAACCUGCAGCAGACGGUCAUCCAUCAGGCCAGCCAGGCCCUCAACUGCUGCACCGACGAGGAGCACGGCAAAGGGUCCCAGGUGGAGGCCGAAGCAGAGAGGCUGCUGCUGGUGGCAACGGAGAAGAGGGCAGCUUUGAAGGCAGAGUUGGACCGUCUGAAAGCCGACCCAGCAGGACAGAAAAAAGCCUCUGCAGCUCCAGAACCGGCUGCCUCGUCUGCCUCCAAAGGUUCCAUCACCCUGCAGGAGUUACGGCUGCCUCUUAAAGCAGACUUUGUUUGUUCCACAGCCAAUAAACCAGAGUCGACUAAACAUUCCUUCUUCAUCAUGAUUCGUGCUGGAGCAGAGAACAUGGUGCCGACUCCUCUGGCCAGCACCCACCGUGGCCUCAGCGGAGACACCCUCACCUUCCCGACCAAGUUCACUCUGUCGGACGUCUCCAGUGACUUUAAAAUAGUGUUGGAUGUCUACUGUUUGGUUCAGAAACGUGAAAUCUGCAGUGAAAAGAAGAAGAAGCCCAACAAGUCAAAGGUGAUCUGGAAACAGGUUCAUGAGGCUCAUGAUUUUUGCAUGUCGGCCAUCACUCCGAAGAGAUUCCUCGCCAUCGCUAAAAGUGUCCAAACACCAGUGGUGGCGAGUCCAGGAGGUCCCAACGCUGUCCGCACCAGCAACUUUGUCCUGGUCGGAUCUCACACACUCGGUCUCUCCUCGAUUGGGAAAAACAAAUUUCCUCUGGAGAAGGUGCCGUUCCUGUGUCCUCUGGAAGGAAACAUCUACCUCAAACUGCAGUGUGAGGUGGGCUCAUCGGUGGAGGAGAGGGGCUUCUUGACGAUGUUUGAGGACGUGAGUGGGUUCGGAGCUUGGCACAGAAGAUGGUGUGUGCUGUCAGGAUACUGCAUCUCCUACUGGACCUACCCUGACGAUGAAAAGCGAAAGAGUCCGAUUGGUCGCCUCAACCUGGCGAGCUGCACCAGUAAGACGGUGGAACCGGCCAACCGGGAGUUUUGUGCCCGACCGCACACGUUUGAGCUGGUCACGGUGAGACCUCAGAGAGAGGACGACAGAGAGACGCUCGUCAGUCAGUGCAGGAACACCAUGUGUGUCACCAAAAACUGGCUGAGUGCCGACACCAAGGACGAGAGGAAUCUGUGGAUGAAGAAACUGAACCAGAUCCUGCUGGACCUGCGUAUGUGGCAGCCCGAGGCCUGCUACCGGUCUCUGUAGUCACACCUUUCUGGACUUUUCUCUGUGACACACAGUUACUUAGUGCAAUACAUUACGACUAAUGUCUAAGAUGUUUUAGCUGGAGAUGUUUGACCGGAGAGGAAUAAUGAAGCCCAGGUCAGAGGACGGGAAUAAAGCCAUACAUCAGAGACACUUCUGACCAGAGUCGGGGUUCAGCACUAAAUUUUAUACAUUUCCAGCUCAUGUUUUGGGAUUAUAUCAUUGAGAUGCCAAUUUUUUUAUCCAAAUAUUUAGUUGUUUUGAUAUACAAAGUGUGGCUUUAAUGCUGAAGUGAAUACAUAAAAUGUGUUUAAAUGAGGAUGACUACUUCACUGAAGCACAACAGUUUUAUUAGAUUUUAUCCUGCAUGGCUCAGAUCAGUAAUCAUUUUGCUAAGUUUGUAUUUUAUAUAUAUAUAUAUGUGCUUUUCUUUGUGGCAAGAGACGAUAACAUACACACACUUUUGAUGCCAUUUAUUAACAGACUUUGUCUUUGCAUUGUCUUGUUUUCUGUAAAUGUUUUAGUAUGGAGAGGUUUGGAAAAGUGGGGGGUCUGUUACACACUGAGGUCUUACCAAAACUAUCCGAUGUCGGUACAAACGAGUAAUAUAGUCUAACAUAAACUUUAUUUUCCUCUGACGUGAUAAUUACACUGCCAGGUUUCAGCCUCGUUUCAGGUUGGAGUGUGUAACAGACUUUACAGGAACCCUGCAGCUGUUGGUCGUGUAUUUUCUUUGUAAUUGGAUAAAAAAAGGCGCUUUUUUUUCACAAUGUUUACAAUGAAUACAAAUUGUAAAAAAACCUACAAAAUGGUCCUUUUUUCUUCCUGUUAAUCCUCUGAAGCAUCAACCACAAUGAUUAUAAGACAAAGGUACAGAAUUAAUUACACUCUUUGAUUCAUUUUAACUAUGAAAUAUUAAACAGUUAAUAACGACAUUACUGUCAAAUGAUUCUUUUUCUAACCAAGAUUACAGAGACUGAUGUAAAAUCUACUACAUUUAUGAUCUUGGUCCUUAAUGCAAAGUGAGUUUUCUGCACAUUAAUUUGCCAAAUGUGCUGUU